AAGUAAAGUUCAACUUCUUCGCCUGUCUGCAAACGAGCUCGAAGUCGAAGGAACUUCUCGGUGGAACGUCUUCUAUCAAUCAUGGAUAAUUUGUUGUGCUUUGAGCAAGAGUAUUUCGACCAUGCCAAAUCGCCAAUGUCAUACGUGGACCAAGUUUUAUUGCGAGAUAAAAAUCUGGACAAUUUACUAGCAGUGGAAGAGCAAUAUGUGUUGUCGGCGGACUAUUUUGGCAACCACUUCCAGCGAGAAUUGAGACCUUCGAUGAGAAAGCUAGUCGUGGAUUGGAUGUUCGAAGUUUGCGAGGAGCAACAACGAGAAGAAGAUGUGUUCCCACUUUCAGUCAAUUACCUGGACAGAUUCCUAUCCAUAGAGAGAAUAUCUAGAGACAAAUUCCAGCUCUUGGGCGCCACUUGUAUGUUUCUGGCCUCCAAACUUCUAGAAACGAUCCCCCUCACGUCGGAAAAACUAAUCAUCUAUACAGACAAUAGUAUCACAUUGGAGCAACUACUCAAAUUUGAACAGCUAGUACUAACCAAGUUAAAAUGGGACCUUAUGGCAAUCACCCCCAACGCAUUUCUUGAGCACAUUUUCCACCGGCUUCCCGUCGAUAAGGAGCAGGCAGCGUUGCUAAGGAAACACGCCCAAACCUUCAUCGUGCUGUGCGCGACAGAUUAUAAUUUUGCAAUGCAACCCCCAUCGUUAAUUGCCGCCAGCGGUGUAGCUGCAGCAGCAAACGGACUUAGAAUGCACAUCCCUAAAGUAAUAGAUCUACUACAUAGGAUAACAAAAAUCGAAACCGACUACCUCAUUCUUGUUAGAGAUCGAAUGGAAAACUUGUUGAGCAAGAACCUUGUACCUGGCUCUCCAACCAAGACCGCAGGACACACCACGGUCCAGAAGACACGAUCCAUGGACGAGAGUGACAAACCAUGCACACCAACCGGCGUGGACGAAGUAGAAAUUAUCACCAUGCCAAGCGGUCUCUGCUGACAGAGGAAUUCCAAGGUGCGUCGACAAGACACAGAUCGCUGAAUAUGAACGAUAUAUCAUACCGUAACAUCCUCGAUGAAACGUUGGUGUGGAUGUUGCGUCGGAGGCGACCGUUCCUUCCAAUUACGGAGAGUGGAAAAUGCGCAACACUCGGACAGAACAAAAAGUGCAAAGCUUAUGGUUGAUGUGAUGCUGGAUGUCGACUCCACUAAGGACAGGAGUCGCAGAAUCGAUCAGUCGUAACAAAAAAAAAGAUUAAAAAUGGAAACGGGUACCAGGAAAUGUUGUAGAGGGUGCAGUGUCUUAUCUCUGUGUCUCUGAAGAUGAGACUGGCCAUCGUAGUUCUUCGUAACUGUUGAAGACGACCGGGAUCCACUAAUGCCGACUCUAGUUUGCAUCUCAUUUGCAAGGCUUAGUUAAACUGCCGAAGCAGAACAGCGUCCAGUGAUUGCUCCGUCGGGUCAUUACUGGAAAUACUACCAAAGGAAACAGGGAUCGCAUCUUCAUUUAGGGAAGUACUGCUGAACUUAAACGGGACUGCAUGUUUUCUUUGGUAAAUCUGUAGGAGAUAAGACACAGUUAGCCUCUCAUAGAAAGAGGGUAGUUAUAAAACAAAGGCAGCUGAGAAAUACAAUAUAUUCUGUAACUACUCUCAGACAAUUUCGACAUUUGAAGAAAAGAAAAAAAUACACAUUUUUUUGUAUUAACAGUAUCUGCAAUAAACAUUCGUGCCUUCAAGAGACUCCAUCAAACGGGCCAAAAUAUUAUGUAUUGGAUUAUUAUUAUCCAUGAAAGAAGGUGAAUAUUUCAUUUUUGAAAUUUGGCUGUCACCAUUUGUGCCUUAUUUUGUAAUUGAAGUAGAAUUAGAUGGUAUGUAGUCUUUAAGUACAUCGAACAGGUGAUGUUGUUGCGCGAUGGAUUGGAUCGUAAUUGUUUACUCAGUUGAAUUUUCGAUAUAACAAUAAUCUGUGGAUAUUUCGUGACUCGGUAGAUAAACAGGCUCAUGGAUGCGAGUACUGUCGGACAUGUUGGGUAUUGAAUUUUAAAAUUUGUCACUCAUCAGUGUUCAGUUGCAAAUUGGCAACACGACUGUUCUGAUAGCCCUCAUAUUGGCUCUAAAAGAUCUUGGUAGUAUUGAAGCGAAUGAUAAAAAGCAAUAUAUGACUGGUUCAUGUUAGAUGUCUUGAUGAUGUUUUGGCGAACGUGAACAUAUGCCACAAAUAUAUUAUUUUUUGCAAGGCAACGAUAGGUUAUUUAAAUUGUUUUUCUUGAUGAAAAAAAGAAGCUGAAUUCUUUUAUUAUUGUGUUUAUUCUCUUUAAAUUAUAACCUGUUUUUUAUUGACUUUAUUCAAUUUUCCUCUUUUAUUCGUGUGCGAGUGACCGUGUGUGUAUGAAUGAUUGUGAUGUUGGGCCGCUUUUUGAAUACCUUUUUAAUAUAACAAUUUACUGAAAG